AUGGCCCUGUGGUUUCGUCGCCUUCUCCCUCGAAAGGGCCGGGGCUCUUCGCGACCAGUAAACGACCCCGACGCAGCUCCUCCAAAACAGACGUCACCAAAUUCAAGCGUCACUGAAUUGACUCACCAUUCACAGCAUGUACAGGACGGGCGCAAGUCGCGAAGAACCAGGGAGGAGAUUGCCGACCUGAAUGCGAAAUACGCCUCGAGAAUAGGUAUGCCUAACAGCUCACAGUACCAACUGAUGGUGGCUGGGGAUCCAUACCGGGUUCUCAACUGCCCCCAGCUCAUGGGGGGGAAGGUCGAGGCGCGCCGGUUUUGUGCCAAAUACAACCUAGAUGACCAAGUUUUGGAAGACCAAAGUGACAUGCCCUUGGAUGAUGUAUUCAAGGAACUGCGCAAGGCUCGUGAGGCGAUGCUGCGCUCAAUCAUCGGUCGUGUUGGACAAGGGCCUGUCAUUGAGCCACCAUUCCACUUCAGCUACGGUUGCAAUAUUGUCCUCGGAGACAAGUUUUACGCCAACGUCAACCUUCGAAUCAUGGAUAGUGCGCUGGUAGUAAUUGGUAAUAACGUGCUCAUCGGGCCCAAUGUCACUAUUGUGACCGACCUCCAUAACAAGGACCUCGAGACUCGCAGAAACGUUUACAGCAGCCCGGUGGUCAUUGAAGACGACUGCUGGAUCGCAGCCAACUCGGUUAUUCUACCGGGCGUAACCAUUGGAAAGGGCUCGGUGAUUGGAGCUGGAUCGGUCGUGGCCAGAGACAUUUCUCCCGGGUCCGUCGCGAUGGGCACUCCUGCCCGAGCGCAAGGGCAUCGUCCCGGGCUAUACUGA